AUGUCGCUGGUGACAAAUAUAUCAAAUCUGGUUCCUGGAUCAAACAGAGGCUCAGAAUAUAUGUAUGCUAAGGCAUCGUCAUGGGAUGAGUGUAUGUGGUACUGUCAUGGAGACCCUUGGUGCUUCGUUGUUCAGUACAUGGAUGAUCAAUCGAUUCAGUGUCGCUGGUGGUCAAUUACCGUAAUAUUUUUCUUGUAUCGAACGGAGGCUCAAGAUAUGCAAGGAGCGCAUAUGGCUAUCAAGAUUCCACUGAGUCCAGUAUCCUGUAAAUACACAACUGAACAGUUGCUGGAUGACAAGUACUACGCAAGCUGGGGUGCCUUUGACGCUUUUAUCUAA